GUAUAUAUGUAUAUGUAUAUAUACAUGAGAUUACGUACUCGUGGUGCAACUCUGUCGAUUGUCGACGAGUGGAACUGGUGGAUAUCCAUCGGACGCACCAGACGCACCAGACUUAUUGUUAGCCAACCAGACGCCAGUUGAAAAAUGGCAGACUGCGAGAAGGAGGAGGCGCACAAUCUCCAAAUGGAGUUCGAAUGGGUGCUCCACGAGGAAGUGCACUCCUCGUUGUCGCAGCUCCGAAAUAUCUUGAUGGAGUGUGCUCAGCGAUUUCCACUGGCACUCUUUGGGAAUGAGCAUAAUAAAACUGACAGAUUCGUCUUUGCAGCCCCACACGACCAAGUCAAAUGUGUCGCUGUUUUAACAGGCGACAGUAUCACAAAUGCGGAAGUGAAUUUUAAAGUACAACGACAACAGAAUAUUAAUAUGAGGACAAGUAUUCAGAACGAACAUCCAUGGAAGUUACAACAAAUUCAAGAUGCCGCCAAUCAUUUACAACAAGGCAUUGCCCAUAUAGAUAAUGUAGACAGACAUUACCUUUUUAAAACCUCGGACGAAGUGAUGCAUGUAUUAGGUAAUAUCUUGGGUUGUCUUCAGAGGAGCAGAACCAGUUUAAUUGUUCCUAGAAAGAAAACAAUUGAUGAUCUUAUCAAGAGUCGAAAUAUGAAAUCUCUUAAUCCAAAUCUUCCAGAGAAUUUGGCCAUUAGCUUUUACAUUCAAAGCUACAAACUGGUUUUAGCUAUUUACCAGUUAGAGAAUGCACAUGGCAGUGUCAAGUAUGAAACUCAGCAGGCGGAAUGCAGUGUGCCAUGGCUAAAUGACGCUCUUGUAUUGCUUACUAUUGCACUACAACUUUGUCAACGACUGAAAGAUAAGAUAUGUGUCUUCUCCCAAUACAAAGAUUUUACGGUAGGUUCUCGUGUUCCUUCUGCAAUGGGAUGGUAACCUAAUCUAACAUCAAGAGAAUUUUCAUAUUUGAACUUGCAUAUAGCAUAUAGUGGUGCUAUGCGUAAGUGAAAAAAAUUGGCCUCAACCAGUAAUACUUGCUCUGGCCUUUGUUUUUACAUUUGUUGAUUGUUGUCCUUUUAUCGUAUUUCUCAUUGCACUAGAAUGUUGUUCUAGCGUUUUUAAAUCAGUAUAGUGUGCGCCUAGUAUAAUAUAUAUAUAUAUAUAUAUAUAUAUACAGUGUAUUGUGUAAUAUAUUAACUAUUGAAAUGUCGGAUCAAAGAUUCACAUGAAUGUGUGAAUCAGCAAUGGAUAAUAACAAAUCAUUAUAGGUCAGAAAUGGAAGACUAAGAGCAUUUUGCCAAUUAUUGGUGUGCCUAUCACCAUGUUAUACUGUGUUCUUCCCAUUUCUGCAGUAGUUUUCAUGAAUGUCUAAAUCUUUAACUUCGGCAUAUAACAUCUGAAGUUACUUCAUCUACAAGAAUUGAUAGAGAGAAUGAAAUAUUUAAUACAUCUACUGUGAUUCUAGAAAUGUAUACUGUAAUCCUCUCCUUACUGAAUUAGAUCAUGUUUUCAUAUAUUAAUAGACACAUGAAUUUUAUUUGUUUUCUUUUAUAUUGUUUAUUGCUUGUGCAUAAUCAUCCAUAUAGAAUUUUUUCCAACUGUCUUAAUAUCAGAGUUGUUAGGUUGUCCAUAAAAUAAUGUCAUUUUAUAUUUUAAUCUUUUACAUUUUAUCCUAACUUUUAAUUUAAUUAACGUUGAUAUUUGAUAGAAUUAAUUGAAAUAAGAGACAGAUAACUCUAUGCAUUUCUGUAUCAGUAAUUUGUCGGUGUGAUCAAAAUCUUGCGUCAUGCAAGAACACUAUAUCUUUUCGAAAUUGAUCAGUGCCAAUCUUUUAAUGUCCUGUUCAUUUUUGACCCAAUUUCUCAUAAUACUUAUUGAUGAUGAUUGUUUCAUUAUUUUGAAAAGUUGAUAAUACUAGCCACUGUCUACCAACCAGUUACUACUAUUUAUAUCAAGAACCACUUGUACGAUAAAAAACAUUGAAAUUUUAAGUUAAAAAGAAACAAUAUUAUUUUUCAGACAACCUAUUUAUAUCUGUGUAUUAUCUUUUGCAAAGAAAUUCUUCAAAAAUAUUAGAAUAUAAAAAUUCAGAUUCAAUAACUUGAUAUCUUUCAGCUAACAAAGAAGAUGUGCUAACUUAACAAUGACUAUUGGAUAUAAUUAUAACAAAGUACUAUUUUAUUUCUUAAAUAUAUUAUUUAUUUAUAUGAAAACAAGUAGAAAAAUGCCAUGUGCCUCAUGAUUCCGAAUUUGGAUAAAAUAUGAACCUUUUUACAUGGUACAAUUUUUGUAAUCAAUAUUUUUUGAUUACUAAAAUUGCCACAGAGAAAAUAUACACAUAGUGUGUGUAUAUUAUAUGUAUUUGUACGCAUAAAAGCGCAUACAAAAACGCCUAUUCACACACAUAUAUAUAUAUUUGAAAAAAAGAAAAA